AUGAGUGUAAAAACCAAAAAAAUAGAUCAAAACUAUGAUGUUAUAAAUUUAAAUGGUGUAUCAUUAUCAGGUGGUACUAUAACAAAACCAACAGCAACAAAUACAGAUAAAAAAAAUGAAUUAUUAGAGGAGGAAUUUUUAUUAAUUGACCAAUUAGCCAAAAAUGCAGCUGUACAUUUAAAUAAACUUGUAAAUCAAAAACAAAUUAUAAAAGAAAAUAGUGAAUUAAGUGAAACUAAAAAGAUAUUAAAAAAAGAAUUUAAAGAUUCAAUACCAAGUAAAUUAGAGUUAUUAAAAAAGAAUAUGAAACCAGUUAAAGAAAAUGCAUCAGUUUUAGAAACCAAACAAAAGAAGAAAGUUAAUCACGAAAAUAAAAAGAGAUGGUAUGGUUUUGGAGAGGGUGAAAUAACAGACGAGAUGAAACAAGAAGCCAACUUAAUCAAAUUACAACAAUUUAUUGACCCAACAAGAAGAUUUAAUAGAGACGCUGUUAAAGAUUUACCAGAGCAUUUCGAAAUUGGUACUUUUGAAAACAGUCAUGUCGAUUACUUUAACAGAUUUACAAAUAAAGAAAAGAAGCGUGGUGCAUUGGGUGAUAUUUUAAAUAACGAACGUGCAUUAAAAUAUAUCGAUGAUAAAACUGAAAAGAUAAAAUCAGAUACUCGACAAUCAAAAAAAAUUAGAAAAUAUUAA